CCGGCAGCAAAGGGAACCCCCUUAGACGUGGGGCUGAACUCGGUUAAAAUCCACUGCCAGAACGAAGCUGUCUACCAGUACCACGUUACCUUCAGCCCUGAGUUGCAGUGCAAGAGCGUGCGUUUUGCCGUGCUGAAGGAGCACCGGGCAGUGACGGGGGACGUGACCGCGUUCGACGGAUCCAUCCUCUACCUGCCCAUCCUGCUCCCCCAGCCGGUCAGUCUGAAGGCUCAGAGGAGGAGCGACGGGGAGGAGAUUGCCAUCACCAUCCAGAUAACCAAGGUCCUCGAACCCAGCUCGGAUCUCUGCAUCCCCUUUUACAAUGUGGUUUUCCGGAGGGUGAUGAGAAUCUUAGAUAUGAAGCUUGUUGGGAGAAAUUUCUUUGAACCUGCCCAAGCUACCAUAUUACAGCAUUACAGGCUGCAGAUUUGGCCGGGAUACUCUGUCAGCAUCCGGAAGAAGGACGGCGGUCUCUUCCUCUUGGUCGACGCCAUCCACAAAGUCAUCCGCAGCGAUUCUGUCCUGGAUUUCAUGCACACCAUCUACAAGCAAAGCCUCAGCAGCUUCCAGGACGAGUGCACCAAACAGCUGGUGGGCAACGUGGUCAUCACCCGCUACAACAACCGCACCUACCGCAUCGACGACAUCGACUGGAACAAGACCCCGAGGGACAGUUUCACCAUGGCCAGUGGUGAGGAGAUCACCUUCGUGGACUACUACAGCAAAGCGUACGGGAUCACCAUCAGGGAGCUGGACCAGCCGCUGCUCAUCCACAGGCCCAGGGAAAAACAGACGCCGGAGGGGAAGCGUCGCCUGGACAUGGUACUGCUCGUGCCAGAGCUCACCUUCAUGACCGGGGUCCCUGAGAUAAGGAAGGACAGUCGAAUGGUGAAGGACGUGAUGCGGGAGAUGCUGCAGAGCCCCAGGCAGCACUACACGCGUCUCACCAGCCUCCUGCGCAGGAUCAAGGACAGCCCCGAGGCCUCGCGGGAGCUGAUGCGCUGGGGGCUCAGCCUGGACCCCGACAUCCACAGGACCCAGGGCCGAGUCCUGCCCACGGAGAGGAUCAACCUGCGGCACAGCUCCUUCAUCCCCACCGAGGACCUGAGCUGGAACAAGGAGGUCACGCGAGAAGCCUCCAUCUCGGCGAUCGCCAUGAAUUACUGGCUGCUGGUUUACCCGAAGCGCCUGCAGGACCUGGCGAAGGAUCUGGUGGCCGCCAUGGAGAGCGUCUGCGGCCCCAUCGGCAUGCACGUCAGCCGGCCCGCCUUGGUGGAGCUGAAGGACGACCGCAUCGAGACCUACGCCAAGACCAUCCAAAGCGUUUUGGGUAGCGAGGACAAGGUGCAGCUGCUCCUGUGCAUAAUCUCCAGCAGCCGGGAGGACUUGUACGCGGCCAUCAAGAAGCUGUGCUGCGUGCAGUCCCCGGUGCCCUCCCAGAUCAUCAACGCGCAGUCCCUCACGGGCCAGUUGGGCAAGAUGAGGAACGUGGUCCAGAAAGUCCUGCUGCAGAUGAACUGCAAGCUGGGCGGCGAGCUCUGGGGGGUCGACAUCCCUCUGAAACAGCUGAUGGUCAUCGGGAUGGACGUCUACCACGGCCGCAGCGAAGGGAUGCGCUCCGUCAUCGGCUUCGUGGCCAGCAUGAAUCACGUCCUCACCAAGUGGUACUCCAGGGUGGUCUUCCAGAUGCCUCACCAGGAGAUCGCCGACAGCCUCCGGCUCUGCCUGGCCGAUGCGCUCCAGCAUUUCCACGAGAUGAACCACUGCUUGCCCAAGAAAAUAGUCAUGUACAGGGACGGCGUGUCCGACAGCCAGCUCGACACCGUGCUCAAGUAUGAGAUCCCGCAGAUGCAGAAGUGCUUCAACACCUUUGAGAACUACCAGCCCAGCAUGGUGGUCGUGGUGGUGCAGAAACAAAUCAGCACCAACUUCUACACCCUCACGGCAGAGCAAUUUGUCUCCCCUCCUCCGGGGACGGUCAUCGACCACACGGUCACCAGCUCGGACUGGCAGGAUUUCUUUUUGUUGGCCCAUCACUCUCGCCAGGGCUGCAGCAUCCCCACGCGUUACGUCUGCGUGCUGAACACGGCCAACCUCAGCUGCGAGCACCUGCAGAGGUAA